AAUUUACAUUGGCAGAAAGAACAUUUCUCAAGACUCACAAUCAUCAUGGCCGACCUAGGAAGCAUUUUUGGAAACCAAAUUAGGGCCACACGACCAUCCGUCGACGUGACUGUUCCCGACAACGGAGAAGUCAUCCAUAUCUCUUCGCUGGCUCUCUUAAAGGCACGUAUGAAAAGCUCAUGGGCCUCAUGCUCGGGGAAUUUCGUUGAUGAAUACACCGUCCAAGUGGUCGACGUAUUUGCCAUGCCGCAGUCCGGUACUACGGUCACCGUGGAGUCCGUAGACCACGUCUUCCAAACGAAGAUGGUCGACAUGCUGAAACAGACCGGCCGACCUGAGAUGGUCGUGGGGUGGUAUCACUCGCACCCUGGGUUUGGGUGCUGGCUUUCAAGUGUUGACAUCAAUACGCAGCAGUCGUUCGAACAAAUGCAGAAUCGCUGCGUCGCCGUUGUCAUCGAUCCAAUUCAGUCCGUGAAAGGGAAGGUGGUCAUUGAUGCCUUCCGUCUUAUCAAUCCACAAAUUGUUCUCUCUGGGCGUGAACCGCGACAAACGACAUCAAACAUUGGACAUAUCAAUAAACCUUCGAUCCAGGCGCUGGUCCAUGGACUGAACCGCCACUAUUACUCCAUCGCGGUCAAUUACCGCAAAACAGAGUUGGAGCAGUCGAUGUUGAUGAAUUUACACAAAAGGAAUUGGACAGAGGGGUUGAAGUUACGCGACUUUUGUUCACACAAGCAGAGCAAUGAGGCUGCUAUCAAGAAAAUGCUAGCUUUAUCUGGAGCUUACAACAAGUCUGUGCAAGAAGAGUCCACGCUAUCGCCGGAGAAGCUGAAGACGCGGCAUGUUGGUAAGCAAGAUCCCAAACGGCACCUCGAAGAAACGGUCGAAAAAGCAAUAGGGGAUCAAGUGGUGCAGAAUUUGGGCACGAUGUUGCUGGCAGAACUAUAGAACGUGUUGGAAACUUAUCCCUUACACACUUACAUGAUCCGCGCGGCGAAUACCCGUAAGGAAUUCCGUACCUAACAUCCUCAAAUGGAGUAUAGUGAUAGGGGUGGUGGCCCUGAGGUGUGCUUCUAGUUGUCAAGUGAUUGAUUACAAUCCACUUUGAGGGAGU